AUGUACUCUCAAAUGAACGACAGACUCUACCCUCGGUUCACAGUGAACUCUACUCUUCCUUCAUCGACCCCCAUGGAGCAGUCCCCAAGCCCACUCUCUGCGCAGUCCUUCAGCUUUGCAGAUGUCUUCCCUGGCGGAAACGAGCUCGAACCUCUCGCUCAGCCUUUCGACUCGGUCUACGACUUCACGCCGCCAAGUCCCUAUAACACCACCAGCGUCCCAGACCUCUACGGUCUGAACACCUCCUACAGCGUCCCCAUCCCAUCGUACUCCUCCUCCUACGAGACCCAGUUUGCAUUCCCGCCGAGCUUCGAAGGAUCGUUGCUCGCGCAAUACCCGCUCAGCACCAGCGCUUCCUCGUCCGACUCCUCCAAAUUAUCCAAACCCUAUGCGUGCGAAGACUGUGGAAAGGCCUUCACACGCUCCGCUGACCUCAAACGGCACCAGACCAGUGUCCACUACCCGGUCUACCAGGAUUGUCCGGUGGAGCACUGCCCGCGGAAGGAUCGCAAUGGCUUCCCGCGGCGAGACCAUCUUAUGGAGCAUCUUCGUUCAUCCCAUCACAUGGAUCUGCCAAAGCGCCGGAUGACGAAGCGAGUUCCGAGGACGUCUGCCUGA